AUUUAUUUCAUAAAUUGAGAAUCAUAAAAUUUACACAAUAAAAACCGUCCAAUCUAUGUUUUUAAUAUUAUAUCACUAUUAAAGUGUGUCAGUAAGUAAAAUUCGUGUAAUAUUAUUACUUUUCAAUCUGCUUUUGAUAAUCAUGAAUAAUUUAAAUUUGGUCAAUGAUUUAAAUGAAACAUGCAUGAUAGAUGAUAUUAUGCUAGAAGAUUUUCAAUGGAAUGAAACAUCUUGGAUUGAUAAUACGAUUAUUUCUCAAUCAAAAUCUUUUGAUUCUAAAUUUAAUAACAGUAUUGGAAAUUUCACACGGUCAAUAUCAAUAAAUAAAAUGAAAUGUGAUAGCGAUGAAGGGACAACCUUUGAUCAAAAUAAGCUAAAUCAAAUAGAAAUAAUGGAGAAUGAUGAGUUGGUGGUACAAAAUUUGGAAUUUUCAUUAUUUGAUGACAAAAAUCAAGAACUUGAAGAAGCAAAAUCUAGCCAAAAUGAUAACAAUGAAAAUACAUCUUUUUAUGGACUCUCAAAAAAUGUUGAAUUAUUAAUCAAACAAACCAAAAAUAUAACUAAUUUAUAUGAUUGGCAAGAUGAAUGCUUAAGAGCUGUCGACAAUCGCAAAAAUUUAAUUUACGCGCUUCCAACAAGCGGAGGAAAAACUCUAGUUGCUGAAAUUCUGAUGUUGAAAGAAAUUUUAUGCCAUAAAAAAAAUGUUAUAUUUGUUCUUCCAUAUGUUGCUAUUGUACAAGAGAAGAUUCAAACACUAUCACCAUUUGCCAUACAAUUGGGAUUUUUAUUAGAAGAGUAUGCUGGUAGCAAAGGUCAAUAUCCACCGAUCAAGAGAAGACGAAAAAAUACGAUUUUCAUAUGUACCAUUGAAAAGGCGUCAGGAUUAUUAAAUAGUUUAAUUGAAACUGAUAGGUUGGAUGAAAUUGGACUUGUUGUUGUUGAUGAAUUACAUUCACUGGGUGAAAAUAGUGGCAGAGGAGCAACUUUAGAAGGAUUUUUAACUAAACUAAUUUUUAUAGAUAAAAGUAUUCAAAUUAUUGGGAUGAGUGCAACAAUCGGUAAUCUAAACGAGAUUGCUGAAUUUUUAAAAGCUGAUCUCUAUACGAAAAACUUCCGACCAGUAGAGCUGGAAGAAUAUGUUAUGUGCAAUGAUCAAUUAUGGCAAGUCGAUCUUGAAAUUGAUGAUACACUGAGAUUAAAAAAAAGAGUUGCUCAAUCUUAUUCAGAAACUGCAUCUAAAUUAGAUCCAGACAAAAUAGGUGGUUUAGUUAUGGAGGUCGUUCCGAAGCAAAAUUGUUUAAUAUUUUGCGCUAGUCGAAAGAAUUGUGAAAACGUUUCACUGCUGAUGACUAAAGUUCUUUGUAGAUCUUUGAUGGAAUAUAAUAAGACUGAAAAGCUGAAACUCUUAAGUAAUUUAAAAGACGAAGAUCAACACAUAUGUCCAAUUUUAUUGGAAACCAUCAAAUAUGGAGUUGCUUAUCAUCAUUCUGGUUUAACUAACGAUGAAAGACGAUUACUGGAGGAAGCAUUUAAAGAUAAUGUUAUUUCUGUAAUAUGUUGCACUUCGACAUUAGCUGCGGGAGUAAAUUUGCCAGCUAGAAGGGUUAUUCUACGAAGCCCAUAUGUAGGAAAUGAAUUUAUAAAUCUUAGUAGAUACAAACAAAUGAUCGGUCGAGCAGGGAGAGCUGGAAUGGCGGAAAAAGGAGAAAGUAUUUUGAUCUGUAAACAAUCAGAUAUUCCAAAGGUUCGAGAACUUUUAAAAUCUAAAAUCGAAGAUUGUGUAAGCUCUCUGAGCUCAGAAGAAAAUCGUGGAAUAAACAAUUUAAUAUUAAGUUCUGUUAUGUUGUCACUUGUAAAAACUCGAAUUCAAAUACAUGAUCUUGUCAAUUCAUCUUUACUAAAGAUACAAGCUUCACAACUCAACAUAGAUAUAAAAAAAAUUACUGAUGAUGCAAUAAAAAAUUUAAUAAAAACAAAAGCUUUGCAAGUUGAUAACAAACUUAUGAAAGCAAAUAUGACUAUAGGGAUUCAAUCUCAAUUACCUGCAGAAUCAACCGAUGUAGACAGUAAUAAUUCAGGUUCAAAUAACAGUCGACGGUCUAUUGUGCUUACAAGAUCAAGUUGUCUAAAAUUAUCGAACUUAAGCACAGCUGCUAUGAAAGGAUCUAUUGAUUUAAAAACGGCGUAUCUUAUUUACGAGGAUUUAACAGUUGCUCAAAAACACUUGAUGCUUUGCAAUGAUCUCCAUAUUUUGUUCUUAGUUACACCCUAUCAUUUAGCAGAUCAGUUAACUCCUAUUGGCCUAAUAUACUACGAAGCGAUUAUGAAUUUGCCACCACAAUCAAUGGAUGUUGCGAGAUUAUUAGGAAUCAAUGAAGUUGCUAUUAUAAAGUUACGAGAAGGAGUAACACCAAAGAAUGUUCCUGAACGGAUUUUCCGAAAAUUUUAUUUAACCCUAGUUUUAAGUGAAUUACGGCAAAAUCGUCCAUUACAUGAAGUCGCUGAUAAAUACCAAGUAAAUCGUGGCAGAAUCCAAAAUUUAUUAUCUACUACAACAUCGUUUGCUCAUUCAAUGAUUAAAUUUUGUCAGGAACUUCCCGAGUUUUGGGCGUUUACAGAUUUAUUCACAUCAUUUCAUAAAAAACUCAUUUAUAAUUGUUCAGCUGAACUGGAGCCAUUGAUGGAAUUACCUGCCGUGAAAAUCGCACGAGCGAAACAGAUGUAUGACGCUGGGUACAAAACAUUACAAUUGAUUGCAUCAGCAGAUCCAAAAGAAUUAAAAAGUAAAAUAAGUCAUUUGUCACGCAAAACUGUUGAUCAAAUAAUAGUUGCAGCGAAGCUUUUGAUAAUAUCAAAAAUGGAAAAUCUUAAAGAAGAAGUCGAUGAAAUGUUAGUUGGUUUAAGUUCCGAAACUUGCUUCCAUGAUUAAUUGGAUGGAUAUUUUAUGAAUCUCCUAGAUAGUUGAGUACAAAAGUAAUUACUUUUAAGUUAUUAUUAUUUGUUAGAUAUUACCGCUAACAUAAUAUUAUUUAUUAGUUAAUUUUUAACAAUAAAUACUAUAUGUGCUCACCAGACCGAUAUGUUUG